GGCACGUGGCAAAAUCUCAUUGACCUUCAAUAUACUAAAAAAUUCCUUAAAAUAAACAAAAAAAUCACGUUUUCAUUUUUUUUCAAUUUUCUGUUUUUACUCAUUUUAUUUUCUUUCUUCUCUCCCAUAAAAAGCCAUUAACAAACAUUCUAACAAACACCUUAUAGACAGUUUACUCUUCAUACCAUAUGUUACAAUAAAAAUUCACAUUAUUCUUUUCGAAUGUUUCCUUUAAUUAACCAAUGUUCAAUUUUCCCUCCGCCAAAUUCUUCCCUUUUUCGACCUCAUAAAUCCAACUUCAACUUCAUUCGUUGCCAAGCUGCGGCUGACCCACCAGCCGGCGGCUCCUCCUCCUCCUCCUCCUCCUCCUCCUCUCGCUGGUGGUUCAACUCCGGCGCCGCCGCGAAUGCCGCUUCAUCCGGCGCCGCAGCACCUGGGUUUGGCAGAAUUAGCCAAAACUCCGACGAAAUUGCUGAUAACACUAAGAAGAAGACAAAAGUGAAUGCUAAGGAAAAGCGUUGGUCGCGUAAUAGAGAGAGUUAUUUGACUGAUGAUGGUGAUGCUCUUCCACUUCCUAUGACUUACCCCGACACUUCCCCUUGUUCGCCGGAGGAAAUUGACCGACGGCUGCAGUGUGAUCCUAUAAUUGAGGAUUGCAAGCAAGUCGUCUAUGAGUGGACUGGAAAAUGUCGGAGUUGCCAAGGGACAGGACUUGUCAGUUACUAUAACAAAAAGGGGAAAGAGACCAUCUGUAAAUGCAUACCUUGCGCUGGAAUCGGUUAUGUGCAGAAAAUAACACUACGCACGGAUAUUGAUGUGAUGGUGGGCUUGGAUGAUUAACCACUUUGACAAUAGAAUACUUGCACCAUUUUGUUUAGACCAGUGUACUUUAGGAAGCUUUGAGGAGACAUUUAACAUGGCGGAAUUGUUAUAUUGUUUGGGGAGCAAAGUAUGGGUCCAAUACUACACGCAAUUUUCUUAAGUCAAAUAAAGGCUAGAUUCUAUACAUCCGUAGCAGAAUAAAGUACUUUCUGAGAAAAUAGUUGAGACGGCUGGAGCAACUGAGCAAGUUGGGCAAGGAUCGCGUAUGUAUUUGUAAUUUAGCUUUUUAUCUUCAGCUCUUUCCUUCCUGGUUCUGGAAUUGUUUUCAUAUGUUUAGUUGAGAAUCUUGGUUGCUUUACAAGUAGUUCUGGAAUAAAAAAUAUUCUUCCUUAUCUUCUUUGUUACUUUAAGCAUCAGAAUAUGUCUCCUUUGUUCUUAGCCAUUCUACUAUUUAAGGUCCUUUGCUACAAUGUUAGUCAGCAAGUUCAUUCCAGUUUAAGUCUUAGAUAUCUUCUCCCAAAAAGCAAGUGGAAAAAAUGUCCAACCCGAGCUUUCUUGAUUUCCAAUACAACCUCUCGAAAAGAAAAUUCCUGCGUAAGCCGACUAGGAUGUUUACUAGAGAGAGGCAGAACUCACGUUCGUUGCCUGUUUACCAACCUAGCCUUGAUGAUCUAAAGAAAGUUUUUGAUAGAUUUGAUUCAAACAAAGACGGCAAGAUUUCACCAGAAGAGUACAAGGCUAUACUCAAAGCCACCGGGAAGAAAACCCUCCUUACAAGGGAAGUUCAAAAGAUUUUUGACGUUGCAGAUGCAGAUGGUGAUGGAUUUAUUGAUUUCAAGGAGUUUGUGGAAGUGCAGAAGAAGGAAGGCGGAGUUAAAACUAUGGAUUUGCAGAGUGCUUUCUGCACUUUUGACAAGGAUGGUGAUGGAAAGAUCAGUGUGCAGGAAGUGUACGAGCUGCAGAAGGGGCUCGGACAACGUUGCAGCCUUCAAGAUUGCAGGAAAAUGGUGAAGGCUGUGGAUGCAAAUGGAGAUGGUGCCAUUGAUAUGGAUGAAUUUGUCACUAUGAUGACUCGCACUAUGACUCUUUGUUAGAAGUUUUUAUCCCUAACUGAAGGCCCCUUCUGGCAAUUCCAAGAUCAUUGGUCAUCACAGUUCACUUAGUUGUGCGUUCCUUGUAUAAAGGUUUCUGCGUGCUGCUUAGUUCUGAUUGUAGUUUGAUAUUUUGUGAGAAGUCUAUAGUUUCAAUAUGAUUUAAGGGCUCAUCCAA